CAUUGCGAAGAGGUUUUUCUCCCCGUUACACGAACGUCCCUUUCGCUGUUAUCAACAAGUAGGAAAUUUAUUAAAAAAAUACGUACGUAUAUGUAUGUGCUGGCACGAGGUCAACUGAUAACUGAUAAAUUCUGAAAGCUGAACGUAAUCAGAGCACACCAGUCAGUUCUUGAAGAUGCCAAUGGGCGGACUUCAAUAACACAGCAAAAAUAUAUUUGUUAAAAACCAAAACCAAGUGCGUUUCAUCCAGUUACUAUCGAUUUCGGUUAAUCACUUCUUCUUGAUGUUAUACGAGUGUGGACAAUAACAGUGAUAUGGUUAUUUGCAGUUGCGAUCAAUAAAUGUGAAUUUAAUAAAAAAAAAAAAAGAAAAUGAAACGCGUCAGUAUAAUAGGAAAAUACUGCAAUGGAUUUUUCUUGCUUUUUGGAGUAGUAUUAUCGAUGUUAGGGUUGACGCUGUUGCUUUACUUCCCGUCCAUCUACGAUUUCAUAAUACACAGCGCUCUGGAUCUGCGGCCCGAAACCGAAGCCUACAAAGCUUGGAGCACGAACGAUCCUCCACUCAUCCUCGAUAUGUACUUCUUCAAUUGGACGAACGCCGAUCAGGUGUACGAUCCAACGGUGAAACCUCACUUCGAGCAGGUCGGACCUUACAGAUUCCUGGAGAUCAAAGAGAAAUGCAACAUCACCUUCCACGAAAACGACACAGUUUCGUUCCAAUUCGUGAAGAGGUACCAUUUCAUGGAAGAUGAAAGUCCGAAACCCCUCACAGACGUUAUCAACACCAUAAAUCCUAUAGCUACGUCAGCUGCGUACAAAUCACGUUUUUUCCAUCCCCUGAAGAAGUUGAUGCUGUCUUUCGGAAUGUCGUCAACAUCUAAAGUGUACGUAACUAAGACAAUAGAUGAACUUCUCUUCACCGGUUACGAAGAUCCUCUGCUCGACAUGGUGCGUUCCUUGUCGAUUUUGUUACCAGAAGGCGCCAACGUCAGCGAUAAGUUCGGAUGGUUUUAUCAAAGGAACAACACUUACGGCUUAAGCGGAGAUUUCAGCAUGUACACGGGGCACGACGAGAACUUCGGCAAACUGCUGUCGUGGGAUUACAGGAAUCGCACGGAUUUCUAUGAGGGAACUUGCGGCGAGAUCCGCGGCUCCGCCGGCGAAUUCCAUCCCAUCAAUAGGGAAAGGGAUUUCAUCGAAAUCUAUUCCUCGGAGAUGUGCAGCUACGCUCAUCUCCAAUACGAGAAAGACGUCACCGUGAAGGGUAUAAAGGCGUACAAAUAUUCGUCGGAUACUCUCUUCGACAACGGCACCAAAGUUCCUGAAAACGCUUGUUUCUGCAACGGAGAAUGCAUUCCGAGCGGUGUCCUCAACAUCUCUUCAUGCAGAAUGGAUGCCCCCAUUUUCAUCUCUUUACCACAUUUCUACAACGCAGAUCCUUACUAUAUUGAAUCAAUCGAAGGACUAAAUCCCAACAAGGAGGAACAUGAUUUUUACAUCACUCUAGAACCAAAAUCAGCAAUUGUCGUCGAUAUUGGCGCUAGAAUGCAACUCAACGUUUUGUUACAACCGAUCAAAGGAUUCAGCUUAUUUGAAAAAGUCCCAAAGAUAUACGUACCUGUAUUCUUUUUCGAUCAAGUUGUCACCGUGACAGAUGAUCUCGCCGUGAAGAUGCAAUUACUUCAGAAUUUACCUGAUAUAAGAGAAACAGCAGCGUACAUCCUCAUCAUUAUCGGAGUAGUCUUCAUGAUGUCCACACUCUGCUGCUGGGUAAAUUCCACGAAAUCUCAGAAGCUGAACCGUAACGAAUACAAGAUUCCUCCGCAAUCUAUAGCAGAUGAAAUCCCGUUGAAACUGAAAACGGAAACCACGUGAAAACUAUUUCUAAUUAUAAUUUUACGUU